UGGGAAGGUGGAUGGAACCCUAAUUUAAUAGAAUGGAAGGAGGGUGGGACUCGAACAACUAUUUGAUCCGAAAUACAAGCUUUUGAAAAAGCCCAAAACAACAACAUCAACACCACUGCCCAACACCACCUCCAACGCUCUGCAACCUCUCUGCAAUGGCUGACGAGGAACCUGUUGAUCAGAAGAGAUAUCUUGAAGAGUCUUGCAAACCAAAAUGUGUAAAACCAUUACUGGAAUAUCAGGCAUGCAUUAAAAGGAUACACGGUGACGAGUCUGGGCAGAAACACUGCACUGGACAAUAUUUUGAUUAUUGGUCUUGUAUUGACAAAUGUGUUGCACCGAAGCUAUUCACCAAACUGAAGUAAUAGGAAGAAUUUGAUGGCUUAUUAUCAUUGCAUUCUGUUCUAUUUUCAUUCCCAAAUAACUUCUUCUAAACAUUCGAUGUUAUAAUAACCAGAUUAUAUGCCCUGUAUGGUUAGUAUUGUGUUUAUUGUGAAGUUUUGAGCCUAUGGAGACCAUAGAUUGUGAUUAAUAAGAAACAUUAUGCCAAAUUUUAACUGAGAUUUGGUAGGAUGUAUUUUGGAGAAUGGAUCGAGCAUUUUUAUUCA